AUGAUGUUUUCGUCUGCAGGGAAGAGGUGCUUCACGAUAGAGUCUCUGGUCGCCAAAGAGAAUCCUCUAACCGCGGAGGAUCCCAUCCGUCCGACGGCUUUAAGCUACUCCAACCCGACGACAGAUGUCUUAAUGAACAGCUACCAGGGACCGCCGGCUAGGUCCCUCUACCAGAGCCCGGAUCUAGUGUUCCCAGAGACGGUAAACCACCCUUCCCUCACCGUGGCUCCUCACCAGCUCGGAGGUUCCCACCUUCAACAUCCGCACUUCUUCGGGACGCAACACCGAGAUCCGCUCAACUUCUACCCGUGGGUCCUCAGGAACAGGUUUUUCGGACAUAGAUUUCAAGGUAAUGAUGUUUCCCAGGACAGUCUGCUCCUCCACGGUCCUUUCGCCAGGAAACCCAAACGCAUCCGCACCGCUUUCUCUCCGUCUCAGCUGCUCCGGCUGGAAAGAGCCUUCGAGAAGAAUCACUAUGUGGUCGGAGCCGAGAGGAAGCAGCUGGCCAACAGCUUGAAUCUAUCUGAAACACAGGUGAAGGUGUGGUUCCAAAACAGACGGACCAAGUACAAGAGACAGAAGCUGGAGGAGGAGGGACCUGAGAGCCAGCAGAAGAAGAAAGGCAACCACCACAUCAACAGAUGGCGUAUUGCCACCAAGCAGUCCAGCUCCGAGGACAUUGACGUGACCUCAGAGGACUAA